GCCGGUGAAACAUAAACAAUGGCGUCAGCCCAGCCGGAGGUCAUUUACAAGGGCUGGCUGAAAAAAGCUGCUGAAGCGGAGGCAAACACCAAGAAGAAGAAUUUCUUAAACCGCUCGCCAAGUUGGAAGAAACGUUAUGUUGUCUUACUGAAGGAAACCGAAGACAACCAUGAUGUUGCUGUUUUGGCCAUCUUUGACAAGGAUGUGGCCUGUAACUUCCACAAACCUCGAGCGAGCCUCAAGCUAUCACCCUGGUACCGAGUAGAUAAGAAGUACGAUCCGACGGGCAAGCAACACAUCUUUGAGGUCAGGACUUCCAAAUCGACAUGGCGGUUCUUGGCGGACAGUCAGACCGUCAUGGACCUCUGGGUCUUUUACUUACAGAUCCAGACUGAGCUGAGGACAAAUUUUCCAGGACGGUGUUUCGAAGUGACUCCCGACGACUCAGAAUCAAUGAGACGGAUUGGUGCCAGGGCCUCCACCUGCCUGCUUCAUCUCUCAAAAUGGGGGCUUACGCUAGCUCUAAAGCGUACCAGAUCUCUGGUGGGGCAGUGGCCUCUGAAAUCCGUACGAGAGUUUGAGAGCUCGGAGACUGGACGCUUCUCCUUCAAGGCUGGACGAAGCUCACCAAUGGGGGCAGCAGAGUAUGUCUUCGCCACGGUGCCGGGUCAGGAUAGCGAAAUAUACGAUCUCCUGGAUACAUAUACAACAGAGGAUCUGAGUGCUCAGCCCCAGAACCAGUCCGGUCCAGCAGUUGCUGAAGUUGUAAACCAGGAUUACGAGAGGUUGAGGUUAGCGACAUUUGGUCUCCUUCCCAGAAGGGGUUCAGUAGGUCGGCCGAUCUCUCCGAACCACACCCAGCACAGCCAGGCCGUACCUGUCCCCGGACGAAUUAAGAGUUAUGAUCGGCUGAACCGAUCAAGGGAUGGAUCCAACCACAGAAUUGACCGAAGCAAGAGCGACAAUGUCAAGAAAUCUCAGGCAGCUCCCCCGGUACCAGCCCGUACCCCAUCCUUGCCCGCAAAGACAUCUCGGCCUCCAAGUGCAGCUUCUUCUGCGGAACCAGACUAUAACCUUCCCUACGCAGACAUGGGAGGAAGACCAGCAGAUGAGGAGAACCUGCCUUACACCGAAAUGGCAUCUGGAUCUGCGGUCAACACACUCACCAGGCAAGGGCUGGGACGCGACAGCAAGGACAGGAUGAGUUGGGAUGUACCCAUUCCUCGUACACUGACACAGAGCACUGCAGCCAGCGACAGAUCUAGUUACCAGUUCAUGGAGUAUACGCCCCAAUCUUACCGAAACACCCUGACAGAGAGCUAUGAGAACACACCACUGAUAGCUGCAAGUCCUGCAGCAAGAGGCUUGUCCAACGGUGGUUUUGUGAACUCCCCGCUGCAAAACACGAUGAAGGAGUUGAACAUUCAGGAUCAUGAGUAUCACAUGGUGGAAACAACCAAAGGUGCUACAGGAGGGGGUGGAUCAGGUCCUCCGAGUCCUCUGGUGCACACCUACUUUGAAGGAGAGUUUUCGGGAAGCAAGGGUUCCUCAGGAGAGAGGGAGCAUCAGUAUCAAGGAGUGGAUUACGAGGGCAUCGGCAAGGAAGGUUCCCAUCCCUACUCCCGUUCACUUUCUCGUUCGUUCUCCCUCGAAAACCUCCGCAGCCCGACCUCCAUCACCGACUCUUACAUUGACCGCUCGCCAAACCUUGGGUCUCUGGACCUAGCUUUUUUCUCAUCAACCAACAUGCCAAAUUGGAUGAACGAAAGGCAGUUACCAUCUCUACCUCGCGAUGAAGUGCCACCAACCGAAGAAAACCCUUAUGUUACGUCCCCCAAGAAGUCGAGGUAUGCCUAUGAGGAAGUGAACAAUAUUUUCCCGCCCACCCCUGCGCGGGGUGCCCAACAAACUGAAUAUGGAUCUGUAAGCAACACAUCAGCUGAAGAAAUCAAUGUACAGAACCAUGUAAUGCGGAAUAGCACCUUUUCAGAGGGAUAUGUAGAUUCCAAUCUUGCUGCGGUGAGACCAACAGACAGUUUUCAUCCCAAUACUGCCAUGAUAGUCACGCAAGAAUCUGCUAAUGUUGCACAUCACUCAGCCAUUGUUGAGCCGAGUGUGACUUACACGCAGGUUCGAGCAAGCGUGCCUGCGCCAGAACUUGAGUCAAAGGAGAAAAGGAAAUCAUUUAAAGAAAGGACACUAGAACGAGUCAAGAUGAAAAAAGCAAAAUCACUCGUAGAUCUCUCCGAUACAGCCAAACCGCAAGGGACAAAAUCAGUUGCACUUGAAGAUCUGGAUAAUAAGAGGCUGUUCAAUAGUUUAGGCCGACCAAAGAAAAUGAAGAAAUCACAAUCAAAUCCAAACCUGCUGUCAGAGCCGGAUCCUUCAACUCCGGAGGCUGCUCCUCAUUUUAUCUCACCAAAGAAAGAUUCGGACAAACAGUCCCCGGUGACAGGAGUCCGCAGGAAAUUUGGUCUUGGACUGAAGAUGAUGAGGCAGAAGAGCCGGAGUCAAGAUGAGGAGGGUGGGGAGAAUACAGGAAAACCCAAAGUUCUGCCGAAAUCCACAGUGAAGAAAAUUGAUGUCAAAGGCAUCUCUACAACGGACAAGACAAAGUCUUACACCCGAAGGUCCCAAGGCCAGCUCAGUGAUCUACCCCUUGACAGGGCUGUCGAUGCAAAGAUCAAACAAGCAAAGGACAAAGGGGCAGCGGGGAAGAGGCAAAGAGCAGUAUCAGCAGGGUCUGCAGUGUCCGUUCAGGCCAUGUUGAACGAGCAAACAAACUCUACCGGAAUGAUCUCCAACCCACUUGCGUACAGUUCCCAGUCAAUUGCCGGGUCUUCAGAAGGACCUGAGCUGGAUGAGCAGGGCUACCUCUCACCGACAGAGAUUGGGUCUCCAGUCAAGAGGAUAUCUGACCCUCUGGAGGCGGAUAUGAGUGAUAGACCACUUCCAGAGCGCCCUCUACCUAGUCCUCCGUCACAUUCACAGAGUGCACCACUCAUGAAGGUCAGAAAUGCCAAGGUCACACAGGUUUGGGAGCUUUGAUAUCAGGUUCUUACAAUAUCAUGCCCUAAUUUUGUCUACCUUCAAUUUUAAAUAUAAUUUUUGAUGUACUAGUUUUGAUAUAGAUCUUAUUCCGAUUUCAAAUUGUUAUGUAUCAUGUAAUUAAUUAUAUUUUUUCAAUUAACCAAGUGACUAUAUUUUGCCUUCUGUUAUGCAUUUGAAUCAUCAUGGUAUAGGGGUUCUGAAUCUCGCCAUGACAUCAGAUGGCUGUUUGUGGUGUACACUAGCAUCCUUUGGCACAUCUUCAAUUUACACAUUGCCACUCUCUAUCUAGGUAUUAAAUGUACCCAGUUGAUGGGAGAUGUCUGAUAAAACAUCUGACAGAGUCUGCUUUAUCAGACAGUUAAUGUUGCAGUCACAUAUCCUGUUUGGUGGCAGUACGGCAAGUAAAAAAUAGCCAAUUUAUUCAUUUUUAAUCAAACCACCUUUAUGUAGCUGGUACACAAAAUGAUAAAAAGGCUGUUUUCAACUUGCCGUACGGCCGCUGUAGUGGAAAUAUUACUGUGCCAUUAAUAGUGACAGUCUGAUAUCUGUGCUCAGCCAAUCACAAGCAAGGAAGUUGUCAACUUUUCAGAAGAAAACUGUUGAUGAAAUGAUUCUCUCUUGGAGACAACUUACAAGACAUAUAUGGGGGUUGUUUGGACCCCCCCCCCCCCACACACAGUAUAGAUUGAACAGUUUAGUUGAUCCAGUCUCAGUAGAUAAAAGACUUAUUGGGAGCAGCAAAACCUUUGCUCCACUCAGAGGUAGACUUACUUAGCUUCCAAUAGUUUAUUUGUUUGAUUGUGAGAUGGUACUGGGUGUGUCGUGGUCUAGUGGUUCUGACUCUCGCCUUUAAAACAGAGGGUCGUCGUUUUGAAUCCUAGCCAUGGCAUGUUUUCCUUCCGCAAGAAAUUUAUCCACACUGUGCUGCACUCAACCCAGGUGAGGUGAAUGGGUACCCGUCAGGAUUAAUUCCUUGCAUGCACUGAGCGCCUAUGAUGGUAGCUCGAGCUAAAGCCUGGGUUUUAAUAGCAGUGCUUUGUAUCCUCAGGCAAAAAGCGCUUUAUAAAUCCAGCUAUUUUUAUUACUGCUGAAAUUGAGGCUUGUCAAUUAAAGCCAAACAAUCCAAAUUCUCAAAAAGUUUCAAGCAUUUUGAGCAUUAAGUUAUACCUCAAAUCAUGAAAGCAUUGAUUUUAAUAGUGAGACUUGAUCUUUUUGACAAGUGGAAAGCAACGUUUUAGAGAUGAGUAAUGAUUCAUAUUUUGUCUUUCUGUAACAUCCAGCAAACAACAGGGUAUGUAUUUUCUUUUUUGUAUGUCUACAGACUAUAAAUGAAUGGCUCCGAGUAUUAUUUUGUGUAAUAAACGUACUCUUGCCUUUCAGAGUCCUCGUCUGGAGCCGCUGUUUUCAAAGGGUUGCAAUGAUCAAAAUCACUCUCAGUUUGAGUUUGUUUUUUAUUUUUAAAUCCAUUGCAACUCUUAGUGAGACAGGGCCCAGGGCCCCGUAACACAAAGGUUAGCGAUUAAUCACUAAAUGAAAUGGCCUAUCAAGAUCGUCAUUACAUGCGCAUUUUGCUCAGUAGACUGACAAGGAGCCAAUCAGAAUUGCUCUUUCAAAUUUGCGAUUGAUCGCUAACCUUUGUGUUACGGGGCCCUGAUUUGACCUUGAAAAAAUUAGUAAGAAUUUUCUAGCAGUUUUUAUAAAUCUCUAUUCUCUAAAUAAUAUAAUUUUCCACUAAUAUUUCUAAGCCGCUGCUAUCUUUCUUCAUCAAAAUUAAAUAAUGAAUAUGAUGAGAACAAUUCUGAAAAUGUCUUGAUGAGCUAUAUCAAGGGUUGUCCAUCCCAUUGCUUAUUGCUAAAUUUGUGUGAAUUUUGUAAGGCUGAAAUUUCAUUUCCAGGUCAUACUUUUCUUCUUUAUUAAUUUUUUGGCCAACUUUGAAGGUUCACUGCAUAAUCAUAAACUGCCAAAUGUGUGCAAAAGAAAAAAUUAUAUUAAUUCGCUUAAAGAGAAAUGCAUCUACAAUGUACUUACCGAAUUUCACUGCUUAAUGAUAUUUUGAUUGUAUUUCAUUGAAACUUUUGGUGAAUGUACACUGUUAGCCAAGAUGUCAGAUAUUGGAAAAAUUAUUCACCUCAAAC